AUGUCAGGUGUUGGGGAAAUUUUGAAAGCAGUUGGUGAUUUUGGGCGAUUCCAGAAAUGCCUGGUGCUGCUCUCUGUGAUCCCCUGCCUCAGUGUGGCUUUCCACCAGUUUUGCCAGCUUUUCAUGGUGGUGGAAGUGCCUCACCACUGUGACACCAGCUGGAUCCUCGCCGUGGGCCCCAACCUGACGCAGGAAGAGCAGCUGAACCUCACCCUGCCCCGGGGCCCCGACGGGCACUUUGAGCAGUGCUCCAUGUUCUCCCCGGUGGACUGGGACCUGGAUUCCAUCCUGGCCUAUGGACUGAACCACACUGAGAAGUGCAGCAGUGGCUGGGUGUACCCCUCAGAGCAGCCACCGUCCCUGCUGACCGAGUUUGACCUGGUGUGUGACAGGAAGGACCUCAAUGACAUUGCCCAGGCCAUCUACAUGGCAGGGCUGCUCCUGGGAUCCAUGAUCUUUGGGCCUCUCAGUGACAGGAUUGGCCGCCGCCCGGUUGUUCUGAUCUCUGUCUUCCUCCAGGGCUUGUUUGGCCUGGGAAUUGCCAUUGUGCCCCAUUUCUAUGUGUACAUGGCCUUCAGGUGUGUGGUGGGGGCCUCCGUGUCAGGGAUCACCAUGACAUUACUGGCCUUAGCUACAGAAUGGAUCGGUGUCUCCUCCCGGCCCAAUGCAGUGCUCACUUCUCACUGCUGCUUUGCCAUCGGGCAGAUGAUUUUGGCUGGUUUGAGUUACGGGAUUCGUAACUGGAGGCUGCUGGAAAUUGCAGGAUCUGUUCCUAUAUUUGCCUUUUUCUUCUGCAUGGGGGUGCUCCCAGAGUCAGCUCGCUGGCUGGUCACCAAGGGCAGAAUCGAGGAAGCCAAGAAGGUGCUGCAGAAGGCGGCAGCCACCAACAAGCGCAGCCUCCCACCAGAGCUCCUGGAGCAGUUGAAGCCUGAGAAAGAGGUCAAGUCUGGAAGUUUCCUGGAUCUCUUUCGGAAGAAGCACCUACGGAAGGUGACUUUAAUCAUGUCAUGUGCCUGGUUUGUGAACAGCUUUGUCUACUAUGGGCUGAGUCUGAACGUGACAAAUUUUGGCCUGGACAUCUACCUGACUCAGCUGGCCUUUGGAGCAGUGGAAAUCCCAGCCCGUUUUGCUUGUAUCUUCACCCUGCAGAGGUUCGGGAGGAGGAAAACGCAGGCUGUUCUCCUGGUGCUGAGUGGCCUGGUGUGUCUGAUCAUCACUGGCAUCCCUGAAGACCAGCCCGUGGCAACCACCGUCCUGGCCACCAUGGGCAAGUUUGCUGCCUCAGCCUCCUUCUCCACCUCCUAUGUCUACGCUGCCGAGCUCUUCCCCACGGUCGUCAGGCAGACGGGCGUGGGGCUGUGCUCCGUGUCGGCGCGGGUGGCCGGGAUCCUGGCCCCGCUGGUCCGGCUGCUGGGCCAGCACCACCGGGCCAUCCCCAUGGCCAUCUUUGGCAGUGCCCCCGUGCUGGGGGGGCUGCUCUGCAUCCUGCUGCCCGAGACCUGCGGCACCGACCUGGCAGAUGACACAGGGGACGGCCACCCUCCAGCUCAGGUCUGCGAAAAUGCCACCAUCAGCUCUCAGAACGGGCAGGUGAAAGGAAAAGGUGCUGGCCAAGACAAUGAGAGCACGAAGACCACGUACUUCUAG